AGGUAGUGUAAUAGAUACCUAGAAUUAUAAAUAUACCUGCAAUGUACAAUUAUUCAGUCUUCCAAGUUUAUACCUAUGUCGUAUUAGUGUAUUUUUAGUGAAAAAUGGAAGACGAACGAAUAAAAGACCUAAACAAUUUAUUGAAGCCAGUUCUUGGAGAAAAUGUUGAAAUAGUGGACAAGACAAUAACGAAUCUCACUCAACCAGGUGAGAAUUACUGGAGCGAUAUGCUCAGAUUGCAAGUAACAACCAAGAAUAAGGACACCAAUGCUACUAACACCGAACAUUUUGUCGCCAAAUGUGUCAUAAUCGACGAAAAGAUGCCAAAGGAAUUAACUGCCGCAGGUGCUCACAUGUUUAAACCAGAAAUUGCCUUUUACAAUGAAAUAAUACCAGCAAUGCAGAAGUUUGCGAAAGAACAUGGUCUGAAGGAAGUCGAUUUUUUUCCAAAAUUGAUUGCUGCUAGAUAUAAUCUUGACGGUAAAGAACAUCCUGAUGAGAAUGCAGUUUUGCUUUUGGAAAAUCUUCAAGUGGCAGGAUACAGUAAUGAAGACAGACACAAGGGAUUCGACUUUGACGGUGCUAAAUUACUGCUGACUGACCUGGCUACUUUCCACGCAAUUCCUUUAGCAAUGAAACUGAAAGACCCUGAUCUGUUCAAAAGGGUAAUUCUCGACAACUGCCCAGGCCCACCUGCCUUUGUGGAGAAACCCAAAGACAAAGGGCCUGGCCCUGGACCUGGACAUGGGCCUGGAGAUGGGCCUGAUCAUGGGCCUGGAGAUGGGCCUGGAAUACCACGAACUCUGCUGAAACAAAUAUUAAAAGUAGAUAAUUUUUGCCGAAGGUAUAUAGAUAAGUUGGAUGCUAUAAUGGAUGCUGAAGAGGAAAAAUUUAAAAAAGGAGAACAUUUGUUCGGCAAGCCCGAUCCUAAUAAAUCGGUAUUUUCUGGAUUCAUACAUAAAGAUAUGUGGUUAAAUAAUACAAUGCAAAAGAAAAAUGAAGAUGGAAAGAUGAUAAAAAAUAAAUUCGUUGACUUUCAAAUGUACUCUGUACAAGACAUCACAUUAGAUCUAUUCUUCUUUCUUAUUACUAGUGUGGAAGUAGUGGUUUUAGAAGAACAUUUCGAUUAUCUUCUAAUGCUGUACCAUGAACAUUUCAUUAAAACUUUAGAAGCCUUCAAAUGUGACGUGACUCCAUUUAAAUAUAUCGAUUUUAUAAACAAUCUAAAGCAGAACGCUCUUCUAGAAUUUCAGCAUAUACUUAUAAUGACCACUAUAAUAUUUAACAAAAAAGGAGAAAAGACUGACUUUGAGCAACUCAAAAAUUUAACAAUAAAUUCCAUACAUCCUAUUGCUCGACGAAAAUUUGUAUUUUUAUUCAAAACCUUGGUCCAAAAAGAGUGGAUUUAAUUAGAUAGUUAUUUUUAUUUAUUGUUUAAUAAAUAUUUUUAUACUGUA